ACUGCACUGACCGAUUGCGGGGUUCACACGUUCACCUCAUAUCACUACUAAAUACUAGAAUAUAAUAUAAUAUAAACAAACCAUGGCUACUAUGGAUGAUUUUUUCAACAAAGUAAAACGAAAGCAUCCGAAGAUUCUGGAUGAUCUACAGGAAAUUUUCAAAACCUCCCAGAGCGAUUCGCCGCAACGCUCAAUCACCAUGUCUCAAAUACGUGCUGCCUACAGUCAACGAACUGGCGAGGAUUUUCCCGUCAAGGGAAGCACGCGAACCCAAAUGUGUUUUGUCCUGACAAUCCCCUAUGUCGCCUGCUUCACCAGCCGGAUUGGCACAUUGCGAUUUUUCGCCUUCGAGGCCAAUCAGGAAUGAAGGAGGAGAUAAAACCACAUCUAGUCAUACAUGUGCAAUUUUCAUAUACAUUUAUAAUAUAACGCAAUACUAUUAUUUUCAAAAUAAACAUUUAAAGUAAAAGAUA